AUGACCGAAGACACCCUUGCAUUCAGCGAGGAGGAUCUCGAGACCUUGGCAGAACCACACAACGAUGCGCUAGUAAUUUUAUUUCUUUUAAGCAACAUUCGAAUUAAACGUGUGCUCGUGGAUCCAGGAAGCUCGACCAACAUAAUCAGGUCAAAGGUAGUAGAACAACUUGGGUUGCCCGAUAAGAUCAUACCCGCCUCACGGGUCCUCCACGGCUUCAACAUGGCCGGCGAAGUAACAAAAGGAGAGAUCGCCCUCCCGGUUGACAUGUCCAGUACAGUUCAGAACACCAAGUUCCACAUAAUCGGCGGUGACAUGAGGUACAACGUAUUGCUUGGCAGGCCGUGGAUACACAACAUGAGGGCAGUGUUGUCAACUCUGCACCAAAUGAUAAAAUUUCCAAUAAAUGAUGGUCUGGAAUUGGCCAAAAGCCUGGGAGCUGAGAACGUCGAAGCAAAAUGCGAUUCAUUCCUGAACCUUCGUCCACGUACCUUGGGGGCAGAACAGCGAGGCCAAUGCCCUCACAAACCUGGAUCAUCUGUUGAAGAAGAUGACCUACUCUAUGUGGCUGUUAUUCAACUGUCCAAAUCAAUGGUCGAGGAAGGUCAUACCGAGAUUAAUUCUACUAGCCUAACAUGGAAUUGGAGAAAUAAAUAUAUUGACUAUCUCAAAGACGAAAAAUCUCCCGUGGAUCCAAAGGAAUCAAGGGACAUGUGA